UCCAACCCGGCUCGGUCGGCCUCAGCUCGGUCGGCCUCGGGCGACGGCCCGGCCUUCCUCGGCUCGGAUCUUUUGCUCCUCCCCCCUUGUUCGGCUUCGGCUACGAAGGGAGGAAUGAAGUUGACCAUGAGGAGCUCUUCGCUCUCCCUCAAGCUGGCCUUCUCCUUCUCCGUCUCCAUCUCUCUCGCCGUCUCCUUAGCUUCAUCGUCUCCACCGUCCCUCCCCAAGAUCCCAUCCGUCCUUGCCUUCAAAUCCUUCUCCCAACCUCCCCCUCCCUCCUCUCCCCGAUCCUUCGCCUCGAACCUCCUCGCCCUCCUCGGCUCCCCCGACGAUUCCUCCGCUGUUCCCGUCUCCGAGGCCCGGGAGAUCGCAUCAUGCUUCCGUUUUCUUGUCCCUUUCUCACCUCCUUCCUCUGCCAAGAAUGAGCACCUCCGCCGCUGCCAAGGUGCCAACGACAUGAUCUGGUGGCCGCCGGAGUCGGUCAUGGAGCUGGCUUGCCUCGCCAUCGACUCGGGAGGCGAUCCCGCUGUGAUCCAGGGGGCACUGGAUCCGACCCCGUUGCCUGUGCCUGAUGUGGAGGGCCUGAAGAAAGAUAAGUGUCAAUUGACAAGUACUCCUUAUGGUUAUCGAUUUGUGAACUGGGAGUUAAAUGCAUAUUUUGCGUUUUUGUUCGAACUUAUUACUGAGAGGGGACCUUCUGUGGGUUUGAAUGUUAACCUUAGCCGAUAUGAUCUGUUUCAUGGCCAUCUCUUCAUUGCCGACUCUGGAAGACUUGGCAUUCUGUUCCAUGCAAGAGAGUAUCCUGAAUACAAUAAAGAAUCAUUUCCUUAUAACAUGGGUUAUUGCCAAAGAGGUUCCACUGUGGUCUAUGAUGAUUCUAUGAAUCUAAGGAAUAUACUUUGGCUUGCACCACAACCUGGUAACAGAACUGAUGCUGGGGGAUCACCUGGUGUGUUGGUUGUUCUUGAUGCUCAUCCUGAUGGUAUUAUAUACAAGGAACUAGUGCCACAAUACGUAGAUACUGUGAGAACUAUUUUUGAAGAUGAUUUUGGUGAUCAUGUGGCUGAUGUCAACUACUUGAAUGUCCGCAGUGUUGUUCCUGGUGACAGAAUUUUUAUGUGCUGAAAUUCUUAACAAGAUAUUCUUUGAUGAGAUAGAUUCUUGUUGUAUGUUCCACCAAAUAAUUCUUAUGCACUGUAAUUCAAAACAAGCUCUUUCGCAGUGCUGGCUAUUCUUUGCGGUUUCGAAACCAAUAUUUCAUUAUUUAUUUGGAGCUAACGCUCCGCAGUGAUUUGCUGGGAUUAGAGUGAGGUUGUAAAGGAUUUAAAUCGAGUUAAAUUUUAUAUUAUUUAAAUUUGUUUGAUAUGAUAA